UGUGCUGUAUUUUUUAGCCAUAUUUCUGUUCACAUACAGCUGGCGUUGCGUCUGUUCUUUGUUAGAUAUCUGAAUGAGAAUUACAAAGGGGUUUUAAAACGCUGAAAUAUCCGUACACUCAGAGUUUGCCGGAAGCUGUGUGUACAUGCUAACACGUGAGUGGCAGUGUUAGCUACGUGGCUCAUACAAAUCACACAACGCCGGCUAUUCAAACUAGAAGCCGGUUCUUUUGGAUGAAGCUGGAGCUGUCCCGUGUGGUACAGGGGGGGUGUCGGCUGGGCGUCCUGAAGGGGCUCGGCAGGAGCGGACAGCACUCCCUGGAGGUCCCGGGAUGUUUGCUGUACACACGCUGUGGCACAGUGCCCCACCUCACACAGGACACCCUACACACUCUCACCAACCUUCCCUCGGUUACUCAGCUCACUCUGUCGACAAUAGCAGAACACCAGGAAGUACUUGAGGACUUCAAGGAUGGAUUCAGGAAGUUUGCAGGUCUUCACGAUACAGUGUUGUACUGCUCACUUCAUGAUCCCGUGACCCCGUGCCCCGCAGGUCACAUCACCAACAAGACGGUGUCGGUGUGGGGCAGCGGCGGGCGGAUAGAGCUGACAGUUGCCAAGUUCAUGGCUCUGCAGAGGACAGUGCGGCCAGACUGGUACCAGAGUAUGGCAGACGGAGAGACCUGGCAGAGCAACACCUCUCGCAAAAGAGUUAGAAAAUCAGUGGAUCGAACUCUGGCCCACCUGGAUGAGUGUCUGCUAGUGCACCACAAAACACAGGAGUUGCAGGGAGUGGCGGUGUUUGGGGUGGUGGAAGGAGGAGACAUCCUGGAAGAAAGGGUGCGCUCAGCCAAAGAGACAGCCAAGAGGCCCGUGGCUGGAUUCUGUCUGGACGGCCUCCAAACGGGCUCUAUGGAUCAGGCGCUGAGGAUCCAACUCAUUGCUGCUGUUACCAAGGAGCUGCCUGAAGGCAAACCCAGACUGCUGCAGGGUGUGGGAAGGCCUGACGAGGUGCUGGCGUGCGUGGAGGCAGGGGUGGACCUGUUCGAGAGCUUCUUCCCCUUCCAGGUGACGGAACGAGGCUGCGCUCUCUGCUUCAACUUCGACAUCACCCCGGACCCGGAACGCGCAGGUAGAGCGCCCUCUGCAGUGUUGGAGGCGGACGAAGAGAGGGACACAGCAGGGGAGACGCACGAGAAUGGAGAACUUAAUCUUGAUGACCAGAUGACAUCCUUUGAGAUCAACUUGAAAGACAAGAGGUACCAAGAUGACUUCAGGCCCCUGGUGGAGGGGUGUGGCUGCUACUGCUGUAGGAACCACCAGAGGGCGUACCUGCACCACCUGCUGGUGACCAAUGAGCUUCUGGCGGGAGUCCUACUCAUGCUCCACAACACAGCCCACUACCUCGCUUUCUUUGGUGCUCUGAGGGAAGCUCUGGCUCAGGAUACACUGGACCUGCUCAAGAAAAAAGUACUCAAGGAGAAAUGUGGCCAGACAAAAUCAAAGGAGUAAGAUUGAUAAAUCCCAGAUAGAGGAGAGGAAUUGACAUGGACAUUGAAACAGGGUGUUUUGAUGAGAAGAAACACAGCUCCGUUUAAGAGUCACUGGGGUAACUUGCCUGGGAAAUCAAAGUAUCACCUUCCACCUGGUCUGAGGAACAACUUAAGCUGUAUGUGUGUGUCGUCUGCUUUCCUUUUCCAUUUUCUAAAAAGCACACUGACAUGAAAUAUGACUGUUUAGCCUUUUUAGCUCAUACCAGCUGUCAUGCCAUGCACAUUUUUGUUUGUUUGUUUGUUUUUUUACAUUGAAAUCUCAUUAUUUUCACAACUUUGGCAGCAUCAUGUUCUAGGAGGCGUACAUAAAAAUUCCACACAGUCACAAAUUUUUGAACAGUCAUGCCCCUCUGCUCUUCCCAUCAAAUAAAACUCCACUUUUUCUCCCAAACUGAUGCCCCAUUGGUAUGUACUUUCGAGUGAACCCUCCCCGCAUUGCGUCCCACUCCGGUGUCCCGUUUCAGCAAGAAAUAUAUCACAUUAAGGAAGCGAGGCGCUCUCAAAUUGAAGCUGCAUUGUGACUUCAAGCCUGCGUAUUGAUCCGAGCAGAUGGUGUAGAGAGAAUAAGCGGUCGAUGACUGAAGAGGAAGAGGAGGGAAAGGAGCUGAGGAAGGGGCUGAGACAGAGAGAGGGAAGAUAACAUUAAAAAAAAAAAGUAGUAGGAGGAUGGAUUCUGGUGGAGUAUUGACCACAGCUGUAUCCCAGUGAGCCUCUUGCUGUGGUCCUAUUCCAGGCCAGCAGAUGACUAAUGUCCCGUGGCCUCAUUAACAUAUAUCAAGAAUAGCAGCACAGACCAAAGGGAGAACCAACCAGAGGCACAAUUAUGUCCUGCGGGGGGGUAGUUGACUCAAAGAACUUCUUACUUUCUCCUGAAAGCUCACCGGGUGUCUAAUAGGAUUUCCUUGAGGCUCUGUUUUGUCUUUUUCCACUAACUGUUAAAAGUUGAGCUGCUCCCCGGUGAUGUCGCCUCAUACUUUAUUGAUCGGUCAAGUUCUGUGUUUUCAUCAUCAAGCAUCUUUCUUGUUUGCUCCUCGUGUGCUGCGUCAUUUUUUUUUUUUUUUAUGCUCAGUUGAAUUCCUCCAAUAACAAGCUUUGCCAAGCAUGAUAAAUUGAACUCAUCGCUUUUUACCUGGAGACUUUAUCAUAUCUGUUACGUUCCGUGUGCAUUCACACACACAGUGAUUUCACGAACUUGCAAAUCCGCCGAAUCCCUGGCAUUUAUGAUAAAAACGUGUGUCACAUUAUUCCUUCCCACAUUUCCUCCAUGAAUAUGUGAUGGGUUGUGUCAGAGGAACAGUUCCCCUGAGUUUUCAGGAGGUUAGCAGAAGGUUUGAGUUGACAGCUCCACUGUUCCCGCUGCUGAGAGAGGAUAAAGAGCAUGGAUAAAGAUGAGAGUCCACUGCUUCCCAUGCUGAGAUGAAGGGAAGCGGCUUGAAGGUGAGGGACUAUAAUUGACUGCCAGGCUGUGCGGUGGGAAAUAGAGACAGACAGAGCAGGCGGAGCGUGUGACAGAUGUAUGGAAUUUUUUUGUAAUACGUGCAGGUCACCUGAAGAGCAUGUGUAAGACCAGAUGGGUGUGUUGGUGGGGGGGGCUUUUGACACCAGUGUGAUCACUGGUACAAAUAAAUAAAUUAGCAGAAUUGGGUUGAGAAGGAUGAAAAGAGAAGUUUUUUUUAUGUCCAUGGGGGACUUUGGUAUAAACCUAAGGCAAGCACUGACAUCAGGCGUUUUUAAAUGUUUAAUAAGGAUAGCAGUAGACAGAAGAAUUUAGAGAGGAGCUUGUGACUGGAGCAUUCUCAGGUCAUUCCCCGUGGUUUGCCGGCGAAAAUAAAAACUAGUGAACAACCAUUAUUUUCUCUUAUGCUAACAGCUGGAAUUGACACUUCACUCUCAACAGCUUGGGGAGUCAGCAGCAGGGGGGAUGCUUGUAUUGGACCGCUUCCAGUUGUGAAUGUGUAUCUGGGGGAGAUUUUUAUUUUUAAAAAGUAUGCAUGGUGGGGCUGCUCCGGUGGCUCACUGUGUGGGGCGUGCACCAUGAAAUACUAGAGGCGAAGCCGCAGCGGGCUGGAUUCACAUGCAGCCCAGACCCUUUGCUGUAUGUCAUCCCCUCCCUCUGCCCUGCCUUUCCUGUCUCUCUCCGCUGCGACUGUCUAAUAAAGCAGAAAUGGCCAAAAAAGAGUUUAAAAAAAAAAAAAAAAAAACAUGCUUGGCUAUCUGCAUGGAGGGAGAC